CACUCUUUCUCUCUCUCUCUCUCUCUAAACAUUUCUAUCUAAAUCCUGCGAUAGCAAAUCUGAUAGAGAUGGAGCGGAACAACAUCUUCACCAUCGCACUCAUCUGCCUUCUUGUCGCCGGCGUCGGAGGCCAGGCUCCAUCCGCCGCACCCACUACAACUCCGGCCACUCCAUCCGCCACCCCUCCAGCUAUUACACCAGCUGCAGCUCCUCAGCCCAAGUCACCAUCUCCAGUUGCCACCCCCAAACCUGCUCCCACUCCGGCGUCGGCUCCACCCAAGCCCGCCGCUGCUCCAAGUCCGGCGGCCACUUCUCCUACCGCUACCGUCUCACCCCCAUUGCCGUCUCCAGUGAGCUCCCCACCUGCUAAGGCUCCGGUCAGCUCCCCACCACUGGCUACAUCUCCUCCGCCAGCCACCCCUGCUCCCGCAGCUGAGGCACCCACAACUACUGAGGUCCCUUCUCCGGCUCCCAGCAAGAAGUCGAAGCACAAAUCUCCUGCGGCUGCUCCGACUCCGGAUACUGCCAGCCCACCGGCGCCGGAGGGACCUGCAGCGAGCCCUGAAGCUUCGUCUCCUGGUCCUUCAACUGCAGCUGACGACCAGAGUGGUGCAAUGACGAUCAGGUCCCUCAAGGUGAUGGGAUCCAUGGCAUUGGGAUGGGCAGUAUUGGCAUUAUACUAAAAGAAGAAGAGAGGAAGGACGGACGGUGUUUGUUGUUAUGCAGUCAUUAUUUUAAUCUUUUGUCCUGCCUACUCUUCUGUUGAUUAUUUAUUUACUACAGACCUGGCUGUUGUGCCUGGCUGGCCGGAUCGGGUUCCCAUUGUAUUCUUUUGACACAUGAUCUGAAUUCACUGCUUUUAUUCGCC